UCUAGUUUUCAUACCCUACCAAUCAGAACUGUUGGAACACGUCUUGACGUGCGAUGACGCCUCGCAUUUCUGUUGAGCGGCGGGAAAGCAAAGACUCUCAACGUUCUAACCUUUUCAUCGUCUCAGGGGAAAGUGCUACAUUUGUUCACUCAGCGUCAGUAUCGUAAAUCUAAAAAUGUUACAAAAUCAAAUAUCGUCGUAUUUUCAAAGAACUCGUGUGAGAUCCGAGGAGGGAGAGGAGGAUAUCGUGAGAGAAGAAAUGGAUACGACAACAGUGAGGGAUAGUAGUGCUACUACCGGCAGUGGUGUAAACAGUAAGGUUUACAAGUUUCAGGCUGACUGGAUCAAGCUUUUUCCAUGGCUAGUUUUUGAAAACGAGCUAAUGUACUGCAAAUACUGUAAAGGGCAGAAGCAAGCAGGGAAUUCGGCAUUUGUGACUGGAAACCAGCACUUUAAAAAAGACAGUCUCACGAAACACAACAUAUCUAAACGGCACAUCGCCUGCAGAGACGGUUAUUUAAUUCGACAGAACAAAGGCUCGACGGUGGACGCAGCCCUGGUUAGACAGGUGAAGAUUUCGGAGAUGGAGGCAAUGAGACAGCUCAAGAUCAAAAUGAACAUUGCCUACUUCAUCGCCAAGGAGGAAGAGCCGUUUGUGAGAUUUGGGCCACUUAUCACCCUGCACAAGAAGAAUGGCAUUGAUGUGAACCCAACUUACGACAACCACGUGAGAUGUGCGGAAAUGAUUGGACAAAUUGCUGAUCUCUUGAAAGAGAGCCUAACUGCUCAGCUGAGAACAGCAAAGUACCUUGCAGUCCUCAUCGAUGGAGACACUGACAUAUCAAACACUGAGUGCGAGAUUGUCUAUGUGUGUCUGGUGGAGGGUGGGAAACCAGUCACUCUACUGGUUGGCCAACAGGCUCUUGAACACUCCCAUGCCAUUGGUGUUCUGGAUGCAACCAAGGCUGCAUUCAGUGCAGUUUACCCCGAGGACAAUGGGGGGUCGUGGUUGGCGAAGCUCAUCAGCUUUGGGGCAGAUGGUGCCUCAGUGAAUAUGGGCCACCGUGGAGGAGUGAUUGCUCUCCUCCAAAGAGAGGCAGGGGAGCAUAUUAUCCCCAUCCACUGCAUGCCACACAGACUAGAGUUGGCAAUCCUGACCCUGCAGAAGAAGGAACCAAUGGUGUGCCAGGUGUACGAUCUCCUGCAUCUCGUGUGGAAGACCUACCACUUCAGUGGAAAAUCCAAGAGAGAGCUCCAUCAACUAGGGCAAGAGCUUGGUGUGAAGGUCUGCACACCGUCUACCGUCAAGGGGACACGCUGGAUUCCUCAUGUCCACAGAACCCUCAAAGUGUUCCUGCGAUAUGGAACAGAUACUGACCUUGCCACAGGCCAUGGCCAGUACUCCAUUGUUCUGCAGCACAUGGAGCACCUGGCUGUUGCAGGAUCAGUGGAGAUUCAAGGACGGGCAAAGCAGGGAAUAUCACUGAAGGGGAAUCUCACAGGUCUUGCUGACUUCACCCACCCCCAGCUGAAGAAGCAUGUGGAAUCAGCCAUCAACAUCUGCGUGUCUGAACUGAAAGACCGGUUUGGUGGGCUUUUGGACGAUGGGGCUGAUGUCAGGACCCCAGUACAGGCCUUCAAAGUCUUCAACCAUGACACAUGGCCUGAUGACCAUGCCAGCCUUCUGACGUUUGGUGAUGAAGACGUGGCAGAAUUGGUGGCGCAUUUCAGAGAGCCUCUCAGCAGAUCAGGGUGUGACCUGGCAGCUGUUCAGAAUGAGUGGCAGGGACUGAAGAUCUUGGUCAGUCAACACUUCAAAGACAAGCACUACAGUGGCCUGUGGGAGACCAUGCUUACCAAGGGGCCAUACAGAGAGGAUUAUAAGGUAAGCAAACACUGUUGAGCAUUUAUAUGCUGCAGUGCCCUCCUAUUAUUGAUGGUUAUAGAUGAGAUAAGUAAGGCCUAUCUUGAUCCCCCUAGAACAUACUGGAGUUGGUGCACAUGAUGCUGGUGCUGCCCAUUUCAGCUGCCCAGUGUGAGAGGGGUUUCUCCGCACAAAACCCAA